AUGAGCUGUCCAGUGGUGGGGCAGCUGCUGAAGAACGUGUACGGCUGCAGGGUGGUGGGGUCGGCCGGCUCCGCUGACAAGGUGGCUCUGCUGCGGGACCUGGGCUUUGACGCGGCCUGGAACCACAAAGAGGUCCCAAUCAGGCCGGUCACGCCCCCCAUCCCUGUGCUUGGGAAGGCGCUGGCGGAGCACUGCCCCGACGGCAUUGACAUCUACUUUGAGAACGUGGGGGGUGAGACCCUGGAGGCCGUUCUUGACGCCGCCAACACGCUGGCCAGGAUCGUGGCAUGCGGCAUGAUCAGCCAGUACGACCUGGCACCCGAGGAGCGGUACGGCGUGAAGAACCUCUUCAACAUCAUCGGCAAGCAGAUCAAGCUGCAGGGCUUCAUUGUCUCCACCCUGGCCAAAGGCAUGGAAGCGGAGUUUGCGGCUGAGAUGGCCCAGCACGUCCUGGACGGCAAGGUCAAGGUGAUCGAACACAGGACAGUGGGGCUGGAGAAGAUCGGGGCCGCUUUCAGGGAGCUGUUUGUGGGCGCCAACGUGGGCAAGGCAGUGGUGCAGGUGGCGGAGCGCGACCCCUUCCCGGUCGCCAGCAAGUGA